UUUUCCUAAUAAACAGGAACACUAGUAAGCUACUAAAAACGCUGCAAGUAGAUGUAGUAGUAGUUGGUAUUUAUUGUUAGCUGCAACAAGAUGUCGGGGCCGGCCUACACUCAAUACGCAAACUUACCCCCAGGAUGGGAAAUGCGGUUCAAUACGCAAUACCAGCGAUAUUUCUACAUCAAUCACAAUACCAAGAAGACUCAGUGGGAACCUCCACAAUGGGAGACAGCAGAUUCUACCACACACCAAUCUGCUUCAACACUCCUGAAUCAACCAAACCAAGAAUCAACAAGUACUCGAUUAGAUAACCAACAAGUUGAAAUUCCAUUACACUCUUUGGAUGCUAAUGGACAUGUCCAGAUCAAUGAGCAUGAAACUGAGACAAUUAUUGACAAAGAAGAAAUGUUAAACCAAUUGAAGGCACAGUUUCCAAGUUGCAAAGGGUUCAUAGUCAAAAAUGUUCUGCAAAAUAAGAGAUACAACAUGGGAGAUGCUGCUAGUGAGCUGGUGCUACGAGGUUAUCGUAAGAUAAUACCUCCUCCCAAUGGCCUACAGACACUGAAAUACGCUUUUCCACAUGUCGAUAAAUCUCUGGUGUACAGUAUAUGGAUGGCAGCCAAUCAAGACCGCUCAAAAGCAGAGGCUCGAUUGAUCCAGCUUGGUUAUUUUCCUUUUAUCAACCGUGCAAACACAGGAAACAGAGGUUCUUAUCAUAAUUCGUCAAACACUUCACCGCACAGGCACCAACAAAGAAGCCAUGGUGGUGGUUCAAGAGAACAUUCUCCACACAGUAGAAAUGCUGCAAAUCUGUCUCCACACCAUUCUAGUUCACCAAAUCGCUCCCCAAGACAACUCUCUCCAAAGACAUCUCUUUCACCAAGCAAAUCCUCUUCCCCCAGAAGAAGUCCAUCUCCAUCUGCUCAACUUGCAGCAGCUUCAGGUCCCAGUGAAGCAGAAAAAGAAAGGUUAAUUGAGAAGCUUGUCUCACAGUUUCCCCAGCAACCAAGGACUGUUAUUGCUGCUGCUCUUGAUGUUUGUAGCUACAAUGAAGUACAAACAACAGCAGUGCUGCAGGCCUCUGAAAGUGAUGACCGACCCCAACAAAGAACCACAAGUGCAACAUCAUCUCCUGUUCAUCAGCAGCAAGAUGAUAAACAUUCCCAUCCAAAACCAUCAAACAGUAAAGCAGGGGCAAGCUAUGAGCCUGUAGCAUUCAAUGAAAAACCAAACGGGUCCACCUCAUCUAGCACUUCAAGAUGUCUGCGAGCUACUUGGCUCAAUUUACUUUUUUACCCUGUUAACAGUGUACGUGAUGCCAUUUCUUGCAAAUCUCCAGUGGAUGAAGACAGCCCUGAAAGGAUAUCCAACAUGCCUUCGGUGAUAAAUGACUACCCUUCAAAACUUCCCACAUCACAGGCCAGGGCUAAACAAGUUACAAGGCUCAGCGAGCAGCUACUAAAUUCCACCACUGACAUGUUGUGUCACAUAGCCAACAGUUGCUGCAUUGGGGGGACAACGGCAACUGUUGCAAGCCUAGCAAGCUGUGGCAUUACUGGUGAUGGAGGAGGUGGGAAUGGAAUUACUACUACUGCUACUACUACUACUGUUGCUGCAGCUGCUGGUGAUGGUGAUCAGAAAGUUUCGGGACCAAAGUUCUACAGCAAAGAAGCUCCAGGAACCAAAAGCAAGGAUCUGGCGAGCAUGAGUAAAUGUGAUACAGUGGUUACUUCUGAGAAGCAGGUGUACAUGUCUCCUUAUAGAAUGCAAAAUUCUGGCCCCAAUACAAGUUUAAGACUUGGACCCAUGGAUAAAAACCUUUUACCAUCUUAUGUUGGAGUAAAAGGACCAAACCCAGAGAAUUUCAGGGGUCCAGAUUCUAAUUUAGUAAAAGGUUCAGUGAAGGCUCGAGGAGCUGACCCACUCAACAGGUGUAGACCUCUCAAUUCCGUACAAAACCAAGAUCCUGUUCUCGUUACAAAAUUUGGCAAAUAAACCAACUUCUCUUUUAUUGAAAAAUGCUAGAAUCAAAACAGUGGAAAAGUACUUACAUUGAAGAACUGAAUAUCAAAAAUAACUUAGCAAAUAUUCAUUUAUUGUACUAAAUACUUAAAUUGGUUGUUUCAAUGAAACUUUUAAUGCUUGAGGAAUUUCUAGUCCUUUAAAGCAAAUACAAAAAGUAACUGAAUCACUUUCUUCUCAUUUUAUUCUCUUUUCUUUUAAAUAAUAAAAUAAGUUUAUGGCUCAAACUAAUCAAUUAGUUAUAUAAGUUACUGAAUAUUUAACUAAUGAAAUUUUUGCUCUUCAAAUUUUUUCCUUUGCAUUUCAAGUUAUAUGACCUUAAAUGUAUGUGUGUGUGAAUAUAUACAUAUAUACCCACACAUAUAUGCACACUCAUACAUACAUACACACACACAGACAUAUAUAUAUAUAUAAAUAAAUAUAUAUAUUCCUAUGUAUCUUACAUAGGUAAUCCCUCCAUAAAAGAAAGUUGAACAUAUUGUAUAUAGCUUGUUGAAAAUGUUUUAUGAAAUGCUUUUUAUUAUUUCUUUUUUUCUAUAAUUUUUAAAGUAUUAUUUAAAUGUAAUUAUUAUAAAGAUAUUUCACUUGAAAUUUUUUAAAAAAUAAAUUUUAAAAAGUGACAAGUCUUUCCAGUGAAAAACAAAAAUUAUGAAAAACUACUCUAUUUAAUUCUUCAUGAUAUUCAGUGCCUGUGAAUUGGUUUAAAGAAUUGGGUUCGCGCUUUAUUGUCUUCUAUGUCAGCUACUGAUGCUUGGUCUGUAGCCAGAACUAUUGAAAUAUCUAUUGAUUUCUUGUUGUUUUUAAUGUACAUACCAAAGUAAAUUUGCCUGGGAGGAAGAGGAGACAGAUAUUAAGUGGAUCUGAAGAGUUAAAAGGUUUAUUGUGCUCUUCUUUAAACCGCUAUCAUUGCACAACAAAAAAAAUGUUUAAUUUUUAUUGAAACUUUUUCAUCUUCUGUUUUUAUUUUUUUAUCCCAUUCAUCACAAAAUGUCUUUCUAUUCAUUUAAUAUAUGAAGACAUUUAUAUCUGCUCAAUUCUUAUACAUCAUAAAGAAAACCUUUUCUUUAUUUAAGGGCCUGUUACUAAAACUUAUAGAUAAGUAUGGUUUGUGAGAAAGAGUGAAGCAAUACAUAUAUGUGCAUGUACAUCCAUGCGUAUAAAUAUAUGCAUUUGAGGAAGAUGUUUGUAUGACAUAUGUAAACCAGCUCCAUACACAAGUAAAUCAUAGACAUUUACUGUCCCACCACAAGAAUAUUGGGCACAAAUACUUUACUUGACAUCAAUUUCUAUAUUAACAGCUCAUCACGACAUCUGUUGAUAAUACUCUUGUUUUCAGCUUUCAGACAUGUUGCUGGUUCAUUUUUCAUUGAUAUUAAUAAUGUUGCUUCAAUUAAUAUUACAGUUAUAAUCCAAUAACUACCUACAUGUAGAUGGAUUUACCAAUAUACGAAAUAUCCAGUUCUUGUUAUAUAGAAUAUACAGAGUAUCUACUGUUGGUACCAUGAUUUCAAGGCCCUUUGUGCAUAUAUGUAUAUACUCAUCUUAUUCUCAACUUGAAAAUCUUCAAAAAUACAAUAUUAAGCUGUUAGUAAUUUGAAACAAAUAUGUUUAGAAAGGAAUUAAAAGAAAAUUAUAAGAAAACCAGAAUGGUUUGCCUUUGAAAUGUUGUUGUUGGUGGUAUUGUAAUGUCAAUUUAUCUCUAUGCAUAAAAAAAAUAUUUAAAGAGUUGAAUUGUUUGAAAAAAUAAAUAACUAAAACUCAUUAUAAUAAAAGUUAAAUGAAAAAAAAUGGAAGCUUCCUAUAUCUUUUAAGUCAUAUAAAUUGUUACAAUUUCUAUAUUUUUCUUUGAAAUAUAGAAAAUCUUGGGUUUUUUUUUUUUUUUUGAAUUUUGAGUUUGUAUGAUAACAAGUUUGUUAUUGGUUGUAGUUGUUAUGAUUGAUAUUUUAGUGUGUUCAGUUCAAUAAAUAUAUUGAACUGAAGAUAUAUAUCAAUAACUAACAUUAAAAUGUUUUGCUCUAUGAGACACUCAUUUUGUUCUCAUAUUUGCUAAAAACUUGCAAACUGCACCGUUUAUGUGUUUUUCACAUUUUUACUUGAUUUGAAGACUAUAUGCAUGAAAUUGCUCAGACAGUAUGCAAAAGAAGAAAAGAAAAUUUGUUGUUAAUUCUUUUCCCUGCCAAUUGCAUAUUUAUAGAAUAAAUGCUUAACAAGUU